AUGGACAGCUCAGGCGCCGAAAAGGCUGCUGGGGAGGAGACCCCUCAGGCGGUCACGAUCGUCGCUGAUGCUGAGCCGGAGGCGGGGGCAGCCGCAUCUGCGACCGCAAAGGAUGAAGACAAGGCUAUCCAAGCCAAGACGCGACCUGAGAGGGAGGCAACUAUGAAGGAUUACUUCAGAGUCUUCUCGUACGCGAAGAAAUUGGACUACGCCUUAAUCGGAUUUGGUGUCAUUGCCAGCAUUGGAGCUGGUGUCACCCUGCCCCUGAUGAACAUCGUCUUCGGCCAGCUGGUGGGCGAAUUCAACGACUUCGCCACGGUAGACUCGACGCAGAACCAGGGAGACUUCCAGAAGGUGCUCAAUAAGGGGGCCCUUUACAUAUUUGCCCUCUUCCUUGCCCGGUUUGGCUUGAACUACAUCAACAGACUGGCCUUCCGCAUGAUAGGGAUUCGGAUGUCGGCGGGCAUCAGGCUGGACUAUCUGAGAUCUCUCUUCCGCCAGAGCAUCCAUGUGCUCGACUCUAUGCCGUCCGGUGCUGCUGCGAGCACCAUCACUUCCACCGCCAACACCCUGCAGCUGGGUAUUUCAGAAAAACUGGGCAUCUACGUGGAAUACAACGCCACCAUUAUCGCUGCUAUAAUUGUCGCGUUCACCCACAGCUGGGCCUUGACCUUGGUCACCUCCUCGUCCAUCGUCUUCAUCUGCUUAGUGCUUGCCGUUCUUCUCCCUUUCAUCAUCAAGUGCGAAACGAAUGUCACCAAGGCCGACACCAAGGCUAGCUCCAUCGCCACCGAGGCCCUAAGCGGCAUUCGGAUGGUCUCCUCCUGCGGGGCCGAAGACCGCAUUGCCCAGAAAUAUUCCGAAUGGGUCGAGAAGGCCAAGCACCACGGCCUGGCCGGCUCCCCCUUCUUCGCGGCCCAGUUCGGACUGAUCUUCUUCGGCCUGUACUCGGCAUUCGCCCUGGCGUUUUGGUAUGGAACGAAGUCCUACCACGACGGUCGCCUCGACAGCGUGAGCGACGUGCUCAUUGUGCUGAUGUCGGUCAUGUUGAUGGUCAUCUCGCUUCAACAGACCGCGACGCCUCUCAUUGCCGUGUCCAAAGCCAUGAUCGCGGCAGCUGAAUUUUUCACAGUCAUUGACGCUCCGCAACCCCAGUAUGGCAACCUGAAGGAGCCAGAUGUCUCUGCGGAUCAGGACAUCGUUUUCACCGAUGUCCAUUUCGCCUACCCCAGCCGUCCAUCGAAGAAGGUCCUGGACGGCCUCAACCUAUGUAUCGAGGCGAACAAGAACACUGCCAUUGUCGGUCCCAGUGGUUCGGGAAAGAGUACAAUUGUUGGCCUGAUUCAGUCGUGGUACACUCUCCACGAUCAGCACACCAUUGCCCUGGGGACAGCCCAGGGCAAGAAGAAGAAGAAGAAGCAGAAGAAGAACAAGAAAGGCAAGAAGGCAGAGGCAGAGGAACCUGACGAAGAGGAUGACGGCAGCGCACCCGUCAACAUCGAAGAUUUUGGCCCCCCCGUGGAGCUUAAAGGCUCCAUUACUACGGCUGGCCACCGGUUGGAGGAGAUAGACAUCAAGUGGUGGAGGUCCCAGAUCGGACUGGUUCAACAAGAGCCCUUUUUGUUCAACGAUACCAUCUUCACGAACGUUUCUGCAGGUCUCAUCGGCACUGAGUGGGAAAACGCACCCGAAGCGGAAAAGAGAGAACUUGUGAAGACGGCCUGCGUCGAGAGCUUUGCAGACGAGUUCAUCGAUCGCCUGCCCAAGGGGUAUGACACCCAGGUAGGCGACUCCGGGACAAAGCUCAGCGGCGGGCAGAGGCAGAGGAUUGCUAUCGCCAGGAGCAUCAUCUCGAAGCCGAAGAUCCUGAUCCUCGACGAAGCCACUUCGGCCAUCGACGUCCGGGGCGAGCGCAUCGUCCAGGCUUCCUUGGAGAGAGCCUCGAAAGGUCGGACCACAAUCACCAUCGCCCAUCGGCUGUCCACGAUUAGGAACGCGGAUCGAAUCUGUGUUCUUCAGAAUGGCAAAGUGGUCGAGCAGGGCACGCACGAGAGCCUUCUCUCCAACGAGGUAGGUGUAUACCACGGUCUCAUCCACGCUCAGAAGCUAUCACUUGGCGACUCCGAAGACGACUCUCUUGCCGAUGAAGACAUUGGCGACGUCUUGGAGCGCGAGAAGACUGCCGCGAAAUCGGAAGCCGGAGACACAGCACAGGGCAGGAAGCGGAUAGACAAGAACCUCGCCAACGGGUUUGGGAAGCUCCUGUCUGAACAGAAGAAGCGCUUCCCGUUCUACGUCAUCGCUCUCCUUGGUGCAACUUGCGCCGGCGCGGGAACUCCCCUCCAAGCUUAUUUGUUUGCAAAGCUCGUCGUGGUCUUCCAAGCGAGCGGCCAGAAACUCCUUGACGACUCAAACUUCUGGGCGCUCAUAUGGUUCAUCCUCGCCAUCGGUAUAGGUUUGAGCUAUUGCACCGCUUCAUUUGCGACCGGCAACGUGGAGCAUAAAAUCUGUGCUACGUAUAGGCAAGAAUACUUUGAGUCUCUGCUUUUCCAGAAGACAUCGUACUUUGACCAGGACGAUAAUUCGAUCGGUCAGCUCUCGGCAAGGCUCUCUUCCGAUCCCACGGCACUCAAGCAGCUCCUCGGCGUCAACAUCAUGAUGGUCCUGAUCGGCAUCUUCUCCCUCAUCGGGGCUCUGGCGAUAUCGUUCGCGAACGGCUGGAAGCUCGCGCUGGUGGCGCUGUGCGUGACCAUCCCGCUCGGCGUGCUCUCGGGCUACUUCCGCGUCAAGUACGAGAUCGACUUCAACGCCAUGAACGAGGCCGUCUUCCAAGAGAGCUCCAAGUUUGGCGCCGAGUCGAUUGGCGCUUUCAGGACCGUCUGCGCGCUCGUCAUGGAGGACAGCAUCGUCACCAGGUACGAGCAGCUCCUGAACGGGCACGUCAGAGCGGCGUUCCGCAAGGCCCGCUGGACGACUAUCAUCUUCGCCCUAUCCGACAGCGUCACCCUGGGCUGCCAGGCACUAAUCUUCUGGUACGGCGGCCGGCUGCUGCUGUCGGGCGAGUACGAGGUCACGGCAUUCCUCAUCACCUACAUGGCCGUCAUCCAGGGCGCCGAGUCGGCGGGCCAGUACUUCAGCAUGGGCCCCAACGCGGCCCAGGCCUCGGCGGCCGCGAACCGCAUCCUGGGCGCCCGCGAGAGCCGCAACAGGGACGCCGUCCCGGCCACCGAGCAGGUGCCCGACACGGACGGCGGCGUCAAGAUCGAGCUCCGGAACGUCCACUUCAAGUAUCCGACCCGCGAGGUGUCCAUCUUCAGGGGGCUCAACAUCACCAUCGAGAAGGGCCAGUUCGCCGCCCUCGUCGGCGCCUCGGGGUCUGGCAAGACCUCCAUCGUCAGCCUGCUGGAGAGGUUCUACGACGUGUCACAGGGCAGCAUCCUCCUCAACGACAGGGACAUAUCCGAGAUCAACAUCUACGAGUACCGGAAGCUCCUAUCGCUAGUCGCCCAGGAGCCCUCCCUCUUCCAAGGCACGCUCAGGGAGAACAUCCUCCUCGGCGUCGACCCCUCGACGAUCACCGAGGAGCGGCUCCACCAGUGCUGCCGGGACGCCAGCAUCCACGACUUCAUCGUCUCCCUCCCGGACGGCUACGACACGCGCAUCGGCAACCGCGGCGUCAACCUCAGCGGCGGCCAGAAGCAGCGCGUCUCCAUCGCGCGGGCCCUGAUCCGCAAUCCCCGCGUCCUGCUACUGGACGAGGCCACGAGUUCGCUCGACUCCGAGAGCGAGAAGCUCGUCCAGGCCGCCUUUGAGCGCGUGUCCAAGGGCCGGACAACUAUCGCGGUCGCGCACCGGCUCGCCACGAUCCAGAAGGCCGACGUCAUCUACGUCCUCGGCGAGGGCAAGGUGGUGGAGCGCGGCAGCCACGCGGAGCUGCUGCGGAUGAAGGGCGUGUAUUGGCACAUGUGCCAGAACCAAGCCCUCGACAGGUAG